AUGCCAACGCCGGAAGUGAAUUCUGGCUCAUGGGAUAAAGUUGCCCCGGUGUUGGUAGAACUGCAGAGCAACAUUCUUACACUUCGAGUUGAUACCAGUGUUGUUGCGAUAUGUGAGCAGCCUGUUGGUGCUCAAGCCAAUAUAUUCAUCGCCUUCCUUGAACACACGAACAGACGCACAUUGAAAUAA